AUGCCGCGCUGGGACCUGCUCCUCGCACACGCUCCAUCUGGAGUUCUGGACACCGCCCCAAUCCACUGUGCAGGAGCCCGAUCUGGUGGGAGGAAAGUGUGCCACCGCCCUGUCUCCUCGAUCGCCGCGCAGGUGGCCACGAUUGUGCGGGAAUCGACGCGACCUGCCUCAUCCCGCACUGCUGCGACCGCUGCUCCCCGCCACCGCCUCUCCUGGGGCCUCGUGCCGCGCUCCCGACCUCCAACAUGGGCGUUGACAGCCGCCGCGGAGGGAGGAGAAAGAGUAGCAGCGCCGGCGAGCGAGCAGGCCGUUAGAGGAUCAGAAUCUGAGCACGAGCGACGUGGUUCUGAUCCCCGAUUGCUGAGCCGCCUCCUCUCCCCAGGGACACACAAGAUGCUGCAUCCUAGCUGGGUCAGCGUCUCGGCAUGCGUCUCGGAGUAUUGGUCUGUGAUAAUCGCCACUGUUGUUUUCGCAUUUGUUGGUGUGGUGACAAUUUACUACACUGUGUUGAACAAGAACAUCAGCUUGAGCCUGAUAAAGGCUAUCAAGGCCAGGGCCAAGAGGUGCUGGGAUUUUGAGUUCUAUCUAUCACUCACAAAUGGGGCUAAUGAAUCGGCCUCCACUGUCCGAGAGACAAUUAUUCAGAUUCAUAGUAAAAGCUCUGGGGCUAUUGAGCUACCAUAUGAUGUUGAAGGAGAUUCACAAGAAGUAAACAACGCAGCAAAGAGGAGGGAUGAUCAGGCCAAUGGCGAACUCAAUGAGGUACACCAAAGCUCUGAAUCAGAGAAAGAUAAGCCACAUGUACCAGAUAACGCAGCCACAACCAGUAGAUCAAAUGUACAAUGUGAGAAUUCUCAUGUACAGAACGAUCAGAAGUAUGAAAUUAUCAGCGUAACUUUCGAAAUGUUGCUGUCAUAUAAAAUAGUGUGA